CGCUUUGUACCACCUGGAGGAGAGGGACCUGGACUUCAAGAUCAGCAUCCCUAAAGAAACUCACAAGCGAAGAAAAUCUCUGCGCAGGAAGUUUGACUCCUUUUCAAAGGAAAAGAAAGAGCGAGGUGAGUUCAUGAAACCCCAAACCAUAGAAGUGGGUAAACACGAUCCCGUCUGCGGCUAUAAACUGUGAAUGUGUUUCCCCACAGGCUGUUACGCUAAAUGUUAUCGUCAAACACAAUGUCCCUUCUGUCCACUGAAGCUACAUAACCACAUACACCACUGGAGUCCAGUGGCUUUUACCACCACUAACCACUAAUGGCCACACAUACUUGAAACACUGUUUAAAAAGAACAAGUGGAUCAGGAAUGAACUCUAAAUCCUGGAAGUUUCACUUAGCUGGUGCUUCAUUGUUUUUAUAACCGCAAGUGAAUAAUGAACGAACAAACUGCAAGUUUAACUUCUUUAGUAGAGCUAUAAUUAUCAUCUACAAUAUGUUUGGGAUUUUUUUUUGCAACAAAUGAUUACAUUUAAACCAAAAACACAAAGAAACUAACAAAGUCAGACUAACAAAAUGAAGAACCCCAUUUAGAACACAUUAUCUUUUAUAAUUGUGUUUUUCUGGGUACAAAAAAGGGAUUUGAAUCUGGAACUUUUGGAUAUUAUGGAUUGGUUUUUGGAUCUUUGAUCUACAUUUGUGGCAUGUGUGCUUCCUCACACCCCUCUUUUGGAGUAUUUAGUUAAGUCCAUGAAAGCCUGCUCUUUUGAGUCUGAGUCCACUUGGCCUUCGGUGUGAAGCAGUAUGAAAUCUGAUUAUUUUUGCCGGAUAUUCUCCAGUUCUAAACGUGAUUUCCAUUCUCAGCAGAAAUGGAGGGAGGUUUCAUAUUUCUUCAAGCCUUUGAAUUUUCUGAGGGGACCCGUGUCUUUCUGCUUUGAUUUCCUCCACAUUUCUUUUGAACUGCCACCUCGCCAUUGUGGUUAAAAAGAGUAAAAGAUAUACAGAGUCUCAUCUCUGCAGAUCAAAUAAUACUUUUAAUUUCCUGGGGCUAUGGUGCUGGCAAUCUUUUUGUUAAGCAAUGCGAUAACAACACUUUCUCCAAGUCAAAGCAUUUGCUGUGUUGGAUGAGACGCUUGUAUUUUUAACAUGCUGCUCCGUUGUUUUUCUUGUAGACUCAAGCCCCCUAUUUGGUCAUCAUUCUCUGCCUCUACUUUUUAUUGGCGCUAUUCAUGCGUAGCACAUCAUUCGACUGAGAUUUUACAAAUUACAGUGUACACUACAGCCUUGGAAACAAAACAUCGAAGAGCUUAUGGAAUAAUCACACAGAGGCCUUCUAAGGUUUAGACCAUUAAGGACUUUUUCAUAGCCAGUAAUCCAAACCAAUCAACAUGGUAAUGACUAACCUUAUGUUGCAGAUGGGCUCAUCUCAGAUGUACGAAAAAGUCCAUUUUUGGUGUCUCCUCCCUGUUAUAUGAUGGCGUUUGAAUGUGCCAAUCAAGGACCCUCAGCGUUUACGUUUAUUGAAGACAAUUUAACCUUCAUCCUACCCAGUGCUCAUGUUUUUAUAUUAGUGUUGUCAGUGUUAAUCUCGUUAAAAUGACGUUAACGCCAUAACUGCAUUAACUUGGCAAACCUCGGUUAGCGAGUUAUGGCGGAUCGUCCCACGCACGGGGCAAUCCGCCAUAACUCGCUAACGGCGGUUUGCCGCGUUAGUUUAUAUUAGCAAUAGUUUAUAUUAGUCUAACCAAAGCUCUCCUACUAACCAACUAUAACCCAACUUCACUAACCCUCCAAACAUCACUGAUAUUUGGUUUUCCAUCUUCAUUUACUUCCAGAUUUAUAGCAACUUAUAGCAAAGUUCUAGCUAGCUAGCUAGCUGGCUUCCUGUCAAGGCCUCAGUCACACAAACCCAGAAACCAAUCAGCGAUCAUUUUAUAACCUCAAAUAGGUGGCAUAAAUAGGUGUGCAUUCCCCAACUAGUUAGCAAGUGAUUGCCGGCUUUUUGCUGUUUGCGAUCAAUUUCACACUAGCAACUGCCAGCAACCACUACAUAAUUUCCUCUGGUAACCAGCAGUUGCUGGGGGGGAUGGUGACUGGCAUUAAGGCCAGGUGUUAAUAGCACUCAGGGAAUACAUAAUCCCAGAGGAAUACACACUUUUUGCUUAACGACCAGUGGUUGCCAGAUGUUCACCAACUGGUCCUUAGACCUGGACCGUGUUACUGGGACCAAACUUCUAGCCCCUCUAAACAUCAUAGAUCCUUUUUUGUUUAAGGAUGACUAGAUGUUAAAGUUUAUUGUCACACCUGGGAGUUGAGCCACAUUAAUCUUUUUAUUGGAGCUGAAAGAAUUUGGACUGUUUUUAACUCUUAAUGGUGUUUCACUGUUUGUGUUUAUGGAAACUGAAGCAACUUUUUAGACCCUGAAAUUGCCAGUAACAUCAGACUAGAGAAGCAGAUAGUUUGCUUGUUGAACAAAACAAAUUUGAGGCUUUUUGUACUUCUCUGUAUUGAUUUUUUCAUUUCAUCUUCUCUUUGGCUUUCUUUGAUUUGCUCCUGAACUUAUUUUCCCUUCUUCUUGUGUUUUUUUUCCUUCUCCACUUCUUCUUUCAUCUUCCUGCUCUAACCCAUGUGACAAAUCAGAUGUUAGCAUGACCUCUCAGAAAAAGAUGUUCUCUUUUCUCAGGUGAUUAUCGCAGAAGGGCGAGAUACGAGCCAAAAUGCCCAACACUACACAGCACAUGCAUUGACUGGCUGUCUACGCAGCUCUUUAAAGCCUGCCUCCAGCCUUGUACACACAGUGACUUAGCUCUAGUUAACCCUGCUAAUGAAAACACAGAACAUUGGGACCUGGCAGCUUUCCUGCUGGCUCUGCUCCUCUACUACUAAAGGCAGGACUGCGUCAAGUAACGGAUUACAGAGUGACAAUUGUGAUCUGCUUGACAUUCGUGUAUGGUUGAUCAUAAUGCAGUGAACCAGUAGUUUCUAUGUAAUUUUCCCAAGCAAUAGUUUAAACUGUUGAUUCCUAGGAAAAUACUUUACAGAGGACAGCCUGUGUUUUUAAAGUCUAAUGCUCCAGGAGGUUGGAUAUUAUCACCCAGCUGUUCCUCUGCUAAAUAUAUCCACUCAGUUUUUUUAAGUAACAGAUGUUGACCCGAGUACCAGACAUAUUUAGGGAGAAAAGAAAGGAAAUUCCUGAACUGUAACUGUUGGGUCUGUGUUUCCACAAACCCCGCUAAUUCUAGAGACUUAUUCAUCAUGAAGAAAACAAGACAGUCGAUCGAUCGAUUAUUUGCGCAAGGGAGGCCUCGUCUGUGUAAACCACGAUAAUGACCCCCAGAUCUGACCUCCUCCUGCUGCCUUUUAUUGAGAGACAGUUCACACAAAACACGUCAGAACAAAGCCACGCCCCCUUGGUUCUAAGACAAAGCAUUUUAUGUAUAUGUGUGAACUUCUGUAAGAGUGUGUGUGUGUGUGUGUGUGUGUGUGUGUGUGUGUGUGUGUGUGUGUGUGUGUGUGUGUCAGACCUCCUGCUGACCAAAGGGUCGUAAACCCAGGAAGUUUACAUCAAAAGAAACAGAUCUUUCAGAUAGGAUGUAUCUACAAUAAAACCUCCCCCAGCACAGAGUGGUUGGAGAGGUGGUCAGGAUCAAAGGAAUGGCUUUGAUCCUACUGCUUGAACUAAGACUGUACAAAUUUAAGAAACACAAUGGCAACAUUCAACAAUUAGACUUAACAGUAACACUUUGACACAAGCAUCUCCCUUCCUGGCAGAUUUUUUUUUAUCAACAAUUCAGCACAUAUUAAGACACAUUAUAAAAAGAGAUAUUUUGGUUGUAGUUAGUGCAGUGUUUUAAAUGAUUCUAAUUCAGUCUUCUGCUUUGGUGAUGGUGGUGUAUUUGCUGGGUUUCUAUCUAUAACUUGAAAUUACUCUAAUUUUGUUGCUGUUUUUAUUUAAGUGAAAGCACACUUGUGCAUUGUGUGUAACUGAAAUCUGCUGGGCUGAUCUGACAGAGUUAAUAAAAAAAAACUUAAUUAAAUCAUGUGUUCUAGUUGACAUAAUACAAUUAUAAUUAAGUUGUUCUAACAGUUCUGUUUUUGGUGAAGAUUCCUCUGUAUUCAUAUUUUGUUUUUCAGCUCUUAACGUUUAUUUAACCAGGAGAUGGGACUCUUGAGAUUUAAUAUUUUUAAAUUUGUGGAGGGAUGGAGUGGAGCCAGUAGUCAGUCCAAGAUUCUUGCACAAGAUUAGCCCAGUUCAGCAACAGUUCAGUCUCUAUCUUGUAGGUUUAUCACUGAUAUGUUUCUUAUUUGCCUCCUCAGUAAAAUCAAGGACUCAGUGAACAUCUGCUGAGCUUCUGUCUACUCCCUUCUUUUCUUGCUUUCUCUCAGCAUCGGACUCAUCUUUACUCACUAGUGUUAACAGUCUGGAAAACCAUAGCAGAAUUACUAUAAUGCAAAUAGCUAGAGAAUUAUAGACUUGAAAACUCAAAUUUCUUAUUUCAUAUUAUUUACAUCUGUGUGACUUCAAAUAUAUAACAUUACUAGUUAAUGAGCCUUGAGCCUUUAUGAAAGAAAACAUGUAGAUACUUUUCCCACUACUUCACAACCCUCUUCUAAACGUCUUGCUAAUCUGGCUGCCCUUCUGUGAGAGGCAACACUUCCCUGCUGCCACAGAUAGCUAUUAAAUCAUCAAGUGUUUACUUUAAACAAGCAAACGCUUCCAGUGCAAGCUGCUAACCCCAUCACAGUUGGCUUGUGAUGCCAGCAAACAUGGCCAAAUGUCAGGAGUGACUGUACCUCCAAGCAGACGUCAGGACUCAGGACUGAAGAGUAAGCCCCGGCUUACAGAUCAAAUACAGCGUAAGGCACAUCAUCAAAAGGUGACAUCUUUUCAGUGGAUAAAGCCCAUUCCUGUUGACACGCAAUGUUGUGUUUCUUUGUGUAGUGUGUUUUCAGAGAAAAUCAGUUUCAACUCAGUGUGUCAUAAAAUAAGAGAAUCGGCUCCCAAGGCCUUUGGUAUCCCGCUCUCCCAGGUCAUCGCCAACGACCGGGCCUACAAGCGGCGGCAGGAUGCUCUGAAGGAGAGCAGGCGCGACUGCCUCGACCUGGAGGCGAGCGUCCUGCGAUUCAGGGCAGAGAAGCGUCAGUUCUUCAAUGGGAGCAGACCUCUGGUCAGCUCCUCGUCCAUCACAGGAGGAGGUCCGGGCUCGCCGUCUGCUAACUCUGUGGCACCGGCGCCAAUUUCUGACCCUCAGAACAAACCGCUGUCACCCACGUUUCUGGAUAACACCGGACGAGGACAGAGAAGGGGUGGUCUAUCAGUGGACUCGAUCUCUGACCUUGUAGAGAGUCAGUCUCGCCUGCUUGAAGCGCUGCAGCUUUCCCACCCGGCUGAACUGGAAUUGAUCAAGUCUCCGGGUGGCAGCUCGUCGGAGGGGAGGACCCAAACCAAGCUCAGCCUCAACCCCAUCUACAGACAGGUGCCUCGGGUGCUGGAGAGGUGCUGCAGUCACAUCGAGACCUAUGGUCUUCAGACUGUGGGUAUCUUCCGAGUCGGCAGCUCCAAGAAGAGAGUGAGACAGCUACGGGAGGACUUUGACGUGGGCGUUGACGUCCAGCUGGAUGAGGAGCACAGCGUCCACGAUGUGGCAGCACUGCUCAAAGAGUUUCUGAGGGACAUGCCGGAUCCUCUGCUGCCCAGAGAGCUCUACCCCGCCUUCCUGCAUGCCAAUUUUCUGAGAGGAGCAGACCAGCUGCAGUACCUCCAGCACCUCCUCUACCUGCUGCCUCCCUGUAACUGCGACACACUGCUGCGCCUCCUCACCUUGUUACACACCGUGCAGAGCUUCGCACAGGACAGCAUAGGAACCAACGACGAGGAGAUCCCCGGAAACAAGAUGACGGCCGCUAACCUGGCCGUGAUCUUCGGGCCGAACCUGCUUCAGAAGGAGCGCGGGGGAGACGUGAGCCCGCAGGUGAUGGGCAUCGAGGACAGCACGGCGAUCAUCAGCGUCACACUGAUGCUCAUACAGAACCACAGGAGACUCUUCAUGGUCUCUGCAGAGCUGCAGCAGGAGGUCCUGAUGAGUCUGAUCCAGACCGACCCGGACAUCAUCGACUACCUGCUGCGUAGGAAACUCAGCGGCAGUCACCUGACGGUGGAGAGCGGCAGCGAGUCCACAGGUCGCAGGGACACGGGGGCGUCUCUGGACUCAGUGGGAGCCUCCAGCGGCAGCCUGUCCCCACUGGAGCCCCCGUCACCGCUUUUCCCCCCGGAUGGGAGCGGCGGUGAUGGCAGCCUGACCAGCGAGGUCUUCCUGAACGUCCUCAAACUGAACCAGAACAGGAAGCGGCAGGACACCAGAUACGGUGAGGUCCCUCCUGGUAAAUCCAUCCGCCACAUGCGUCAGUUCCACUCCCACCACAACCUGCUCAGCCUAUCCCAGUCCUCCUUCUCUUCCUCGUCCUUGUCCUCGUCCUCCACCCCCAGGCUCAACGCUCAGGACUCGGAUGCCCAGGACCGUCGAGGCCCGGGUCUGAGCGCCGCGCUGAGCUUCUCUCUGAGCUCGAGUCUGAGCGGCUCGACCGAGAACAGCAUCUGGGUGAGGCAGACGCCGCAGGAGGAGAGCAAGCCGUCGCCGACCACUAAUUUCUGGGACUUCUUCACCGGGAAAGGUUCGGGCUCAGAGACGAUGGUAUGAUGAAGGGAGAGGAGAGAAACAACCGGUCAAGUUCCAGAUUCACUUAAAGAGACGCUUACUGGUGUAAAUAAUACAGGUCUCUCCCUGACAUUCCCACUUGACCUCAUAACCGUCCUGCUGUGGGUUUCCCAAGCUGGAAGUUGGAAUUUCCCACGUUUUUUGGCCCCUCUUGAACUCAGCAUGGGUAUGAAUGAAAACUAGAAGAAAUGAAGGACACAAACUUCUCAGACACAAAAAAACGAAGGAAGAAUAAAUCAGUGAGAUUACCUGAAGGUGGAUCCACUAAUAAAAACAGGAUGGAUUCAUAUUUUAAACCCUGUUUCUACAACUGCAUCUUCUGACACUCAGUGUACAGAAACCAUACCAGGCAUACUCCGUUUGUUUGUUUUUUCCUGCAACCUGCACUAAGCUGCUUUUGCAAAUGUGAUGUAGCCGCUUAACAUUCAGUAAUGAUCUCAAACACCUGCAAAGUGUGUUUCCCCAAUGAGCACUGCAGGGCAAAAAGCUCAGUGUGAUUGCAUCUGCAGUAAAUUUGGUUAAAAUGUCGAUUAUUAUACCUGAAUAUGUAAUUAGGAUGUUUCACAUUGAAUCUGUGCCCCUGAAAAUGGUUAAAUAGCUAAAAAAUGUACAUAAAGAAGGCAUUUCGAGAAGGUUUUCACCUAUAAAUCAGCCCUAAAUGAUGUUUCUCCCAUCAAUGGAGACAAAAAACCCUUACAUACGCCUGUUCCCCCUCUGGGUUUUCAGGUUUUAGAAAGUAAAGUGCAGGACUUUGGCCAAACAUGAGUGUUUGCAAAACCAAACAACAACAAAAAAACCCUGAUCAUUGCCAUCAAAUCGCGCUAGGAGUGGUGUUUUAAGCAGCACAGGCAAGCUAAGCACAAAUAAAUAGAAAUAGUGGCAUUGGUGUCGCUCACUUACGGUAUGUAAGGCUAAGUAUAAAUUAAGAAGCCUGUGUAGGUUCCCAGUCGUCCAGUUCACGAUGGUCCAGUCACCUUCUGUUCAAGCUCUUAAGACUACAAAUUAAGAUCUAUGCCGAAGACUUUAACCUGGGAUAGUGGGGUUCAAACCCAAUAUGAAGCCAAAGCUCAGCACAGGUUUAUGUUUUAUGCUCUAAGAAGAACUCUGUUGGGUCGGACUUAAAACAAACAGCCCCUGAUUUUGAGAGGACUGUUCUUUAUUUCUGCCUACUUCAGCUUUAAUGGUAAAUGUGUCAGUGUGAGUGGAGUCAGCCAAAGAUUGUCUUCUUUAGUUUAAAACAGUAAACUCUGUCUAUUAUUCUCUGACUUCACAUCCAUAUUUUAAUUCUAGAUUCUGCUUGAGUAGCUUUACAAAUCGUGCAGAUCAUCUUCUGUCUGAAACAAGUAUUUUCAGUCCCCAUCUUGAGAAUGUGGCAUGACUGUGUCAUCCGGACUGUGUCCAAUGCACUUGGGAUCUGUUUCCUUUGAAAUGUUGCUUUAAAGAUGAAGACCAGGUCUGCAACCACUCACAGUCAGUUGCCGUCUUCAAAGCAAUGUUAGCUCAUCAAGGCGGCAAUAAGGCGGAGUCAGCCUGCUGUCAGUUUAGGGUUGAGAUUUGUGAUAAGAUGGCAACUAAUUAUAAUAAAUCCGUGAAAAUUGCAAACCUGUUGCUGUCUAUAUAAGCAGAAAUUCUAAUUGACAUUAACUACUUACAUUCAGCGUCCAGCCAGAACCUCAAAGAUUUAGAUUUAAAGCAGAAAUUCCUCCACAAAUAAUGACGUAGUUGUUGCAGGACAGCAAUUUAACUGCAACAUCACAUAGUUGCUCAGCAACCAGGCUUUUAUAAAGGAAUAUAACCAGAAUACAUACAGCUGGAAACCAGAUGUAAUCCAUCUGCAUUUAUAAAUAAAACCGCACUUAUUUGCAAACCUCUUCCAGUCAGUCAGGAAGGUUGCCUCCAAUUUUUUGUGCAGUAACCUUGAAAUCAAAUGGGUUUGAUUUGAAGUCGAGGAUGUUCAUUGCCCAACCUCUAGGUGACCACUUGGUUGCUGCAACUUCCUGCAAUUGACAGCAAAAAAAAGAUGCAAUCGUCUGGCAGCCAGUGAGAGGUUUCCAUUCCUGUUAGUAUGACUGAACCAUAAGGCAGGUGUGCCUGAGGUGAGUAUCAACCCUCACUGAUGUCAUACUGAUCCAAGGCUGAUUAGCUGGGGUUUUUUCAGGGAUUAUUUUUACAUACUAAUUAUACAUUUGAUUCGUUGGCCUUGGUGUCUGAAACGUUGGCUACUUUAACAGUAUGACAUCUAAAAUCUAAGAAGGUUUUCUUUUUUGUAUUUUAAAGCAGCUCAGAGGGACUCCUGCUAUUAUCAGCAGCACAUCACACUCACACCAGUUUGGUAAUAUGGAAGUCAAAAGGUUGAAAAUGGAGCCAACGCUGGUGGACUGAUCAGAAGUUUCUUUUAUAUAAUGAAAGUUUACUUGUAAUCACUACAAGUUGUGUUGCCUUUGAGUUGUAAGCAGUUCUUUUCACAGAUUGAGUCACUUUAAGUUCCCCACUUGUAAAUAGCAAUGAAGUCUAUCCAGAAUUCACCAACUUUUGGUAUACUGUAUUUUUUGUAAACCAGAUUUAACAUUACUGUACCUCCAUAUGUCACAUCAUAUCAGUACAGAGAUGUGUUCCCAACCAAGUCCUAACAUCUCCUCUUAAUACCAACAUAAUGUGAUGCACUGAGCGGCCCAGUAAAAGCUGCUUUUCUUAUAUAUUCGAUCAGAGAGGAGAAGCAGCCCUUCAAACUUGUCUGUGGAAGCUUGUUUGUGCCACUAUAAAAGAAAAUGCCAUCCAUAUGUCAAUAAAGUAUAACCCUCGCUUACCAAUAAUUGCUAUAUUGCUAAUUGUUACAUUUUAUUCAUUUGUGGAACUUCUUCCUUUAAGGCACCAGGUGUCUAUCUCACAAUUUUGGGUUAUCAUCACAAACCCUACCUACUAACUCUAUCGUCUAAAAACAAUAGUGUUUUCAGUGUUUCAAGUCAUUUACUCAGUAUCAAGUUUAAAAAUGUUGAUAUAUGGUUAACAAAAAUGUUUUUGUUGGGUUUUUUUUCUGUCACAAACAAGCUUCCAUAUAUGCUACAUCUUUCGGACACAAACAUUCUGACUUGCAUCAAACCCGUGUAUAAAUGCAUCCAUGCCUGCUUUAAAGGUUAUUAUGAUGUGUCAAAAUUCAUUAAACCAACAGGAAAGUACAAAGAUCCGUCUUCAGCAAGAUUUCACAGGUGUUGUUGCCCUUUUUACCACAAGAGGGCGAUAUUUGCCAAUUCAUUGCAAACGUUAACAUCGCCAACAUACAUGGUUUUUCCUACAGUCUGUGCGCACACUCAGUGUACAGACAAACAAAAUAGGUUUGGGAAUAGUGCCAAACAACUAGCAACUUGUUGUGCAAAGAUAUAUAUUUUUGUUGUCGUUUUUGUAUCCGGUUCUGAUUUCUGGACUUGUGCACUCCGUCCUUCACCCUCAGCAGGUGAAUGUAUCAUUUUUUUCCCCCUGUCCCUGUAAAAGAAACGAGGCAUUUCUUUUUCUGUAUUGUUGUAAAAAUCCAUCAGUGUUUGUGUGAACCUGCUGUUUGAGAAUGUACCACCUACCUGCAGAGAAUUAAAUGUCAAAUUGC